AUGUUAAGCAUUUAAAAAAAAAAAUAAUACCCAAAAACACAGGAUGAAUUAUCAGGAAUGCUAAUUACAAAGAAUGCCCCAAUAAGAAAUUAUUCAACUUGUGAGUCAAUAACUUAUUUUAAUUUAGCAACAAGAAAUUCGAGGAUUUCCUAUUGGUCUAGAUAAUAAUAAACUUAGAAUUAAAGUGAAGAUAAAGGAAUAACUAGUAGAACCUUCUCUGUAAAUGAGGGAGCCGAAUUGCCAUAAAUAUCAAAACCAACUAAUAUAAUUAUAAAAAGACCUAAAUUCAUUCCAAGACCAAAGUAACAAUUAAGGUAAUUAUUUCAUGCUUAAACCUCACCUACUAAUCUUAAAUUAGAAAAAAAGUAAUAAUAGUUAAAUUAGAUAGAGUAAUUUAAAUUCCCUAUCAUUCCAAACUAUUAAUUUAAAGGUAGAUGUUGAAGAUGUUUAUGUAUUAUAUAAAGGAUUUAGGAAUUUGUGUUAAUUCAAUAAGAUCUGUAUUAUCAGUUAUAAUCUUGUAUUUUUAUAAUUUUAUGAUAGCUAUUUGGCGAAUAUAACAGUCAAUAUUUUAGUAACACAUAACAUUCUUAAUCAAAGACUUCAAACAAUAAGCAAUUGAUAAUGAAAAUUAGAAUGGAAUCUAUUUUAAUCUUAUAAUUGAACCCAAACCAGAAUCUCAAUUCUUUACAAAAUACUUAAAUUGAUUUGUUUGAUUGUAUAUACUCAACUAAAAAUUAUCAUUCUAAAGAAACACUAAGUAGUGAAUUAAAUAAAAAUAAUUUAUGGAUCAAUAUUUCAAAGAUUCAAAAUCUAUUUAAAAUAUAGCAUAAAAUUCUUAACUACUAUUAUAUAGAUAUCGUUUAUUGUGAUCCAUCUAAUAUUAUUGAAGUUGAUAAUUUUAUCAAUAAGAUACUAUUGAUUGAUGAUGAAAACAUUAGAUUAUUUCAUUUAUUUGUAUAUGCACCAGCAAAUCUUUAAAUAAUCAAUUAAAAAUUACAAGAAAUAUUUAUAUAUGGCACAGCCCAAGAUUUGUAAUUGUUGAAUUUAAAAGAAAUGAUUCAAAAAAUAAACUUGGAGAUGUAGUCUAUAUAGGUAAAAGCUAAAUAACUAAAAUAUUUGGAAGAUCUUAAAAUAAAGACUAAACUGCACUUUAAAAAUUUGAAUCUUCAUUCUUUUCUUUUGGUUCCUGAACAAAGAGCAGAAAAGUAAUCUUAUAAAAAUAUGAUUAGAAUGAGAAACUAAAUUGUAGAUUAUAUUAAGAGCAAUUCUAAAAUAAAAAUAGCAAACAUGCAUUUUGUUGUAGGUGAUACUAUAAUGCGAAACAUUGAAAUGUUUAGAAAUCAUGAAAAUGAUAGAUUCUACAAACAUUAAGAAACUGUCCAACUCAUUGAUCAUUUAAUGAAAAAUAGUUUACCAAGCUUUUAGAAUAAUAAUAGUAAAGCAAAUUAUGCAUUCUAUUGUUUGUGA